AUGUGCAUUCGCGAUCGCCGUGGAAAAGCUGGUCGGAAUUGGGUUGAUUACCACGCCCAUCAUAUACAGAAGUGGGACAAUAGACACAACUUGGUGUGGAUUGAUCUGGAGUACACUAUGGAGCCUAUUGCAACCGGUGAAUAUAUGAAUUGGUUUCGCCAAAUAACUGUGGUGUAUUUAACCAAACCUGGUGUGCAUGCUGAAGAGGGCUUCCUUGAAACGGCAUCUUCUCAUAACUUCGCGGUGGAGACACUUCACAACAUACGCCACUUUAUAAGUUGCCAAGAUAUGACAGAACAUCCGGCUUUGGUAACCAUUUCGAGGAUGGUUGAAGAUGGGUUGCAGAUAUCAGUGGAGGCUGAGCUGAUGGACUACCGUCCUUCCCAGCGCUCUGCGCUGGACAUGGAGAUGACCGUGAGGCAAAAGGGAAAACGGCGAACCAAGAAGAAAACUGCAUGCGGAGAGUCGUCAUCUUCAAGGAUGGAUGCUCAGUUGGUAGAUGACUCCGAUGACGAUUUUGUGGAUCCACCUCCACCUAGAUCUACAGUUCGAGGUCGUCAAUCUGUCAGCCACACUGGUGGUACCGGAGAAGAUAUUGGCCUCAGUGAUGUCCACGCUUCUCCACCGCGGUCGUCUGUGCAAGAUGAUUUUUUUUGGGUGGAUCUAGAGAACGUUGUCCUCCGAGCAUACCACAUUCCUUUCAUUCUCAUUAUGAAAAUGGUAUUCUCCCCCGGCGACUCGCUGUUCUUCACCGAUGAAGGCGGCGACGAUGUAGGCUCCGCCGCCGAACUCAUCAUCCGCCUCCACCCUACCAACACCACGCUCAAACCUUCAACCUGUGCAGCGGGCGCAAGGCUCCCCGGCGCAUUCGCCACGUUACAGCGGCAGUUAGCAAUUGCAAUUCAUCCAUAUUUCGUCAAUUAUUUGAUCGCAUCUGCAAGAUCUGAUCUCAAUAAGAAAGAACUAUGGUGGAUUCAUGCGAUUUAUGUUAUUCAAAUUAAGAUUACUAUGAAAUUGAUCAUUUGCACUGUUCAUAGAAUAGAACAUUUUGAUCGAUUCUAG